AACCAACAUGCUGAGGACGAAACGGACCUUAUUAACAGUGAAAAGCAUCCGUGAUGAGAAGUUUAUAACCGGACAGACAGACAGCAUCUCCUCUGACAUCUUAAUUCUGGACACUUCUGACGUCAUGAGUUACUAACUAUUUACCUCGACAGUGUUGCGGUGGGGUUUGUUUUGCACGACCCGUGCAUUGUUACGGGGUCUAACUGCGCGGUUAUGUAACUCGUACGUGCUUUCCGUGGUCGAAGAAACCGAGUUUGUCCGUAUCGCUCAUGCUCCGGUGCAAAGCUGCGCGCGCGUUCGUUCUCCCUCGCGCCGGUAGUCUCCUCAAGUGAAUCUCUCACCAUUUACAAUCGUCCCCGCGUCGGCUCUCUCUGUCCGGUGAGAUGGCCGCGGCGAUCGCCAGUUCGCUCAUUCGACAGAAGCGGCAGGCGCGCGAGUCCAACAGCGAGCGCGUUGCGUCCGGCAAGCGCCGCUCGAGCCCUGCUAAAGAGUCCGGCGGCCGAGGAACUCUAUGCGCGCGGCACCUGUUCGGACUCUUCGGUAAAGUUCGACUCUGCAGCGGGAAAAAACGACCGGUGCGCCGGAAACCAGAAUCUCAGCUGAAGGGGAUAGUGACCCGACUUUUCAGUGAGCAGGGCUUCUUCCUGCAGAUGAUGCCCGAUGGGACCGUUAGUGGAACCACAGAUGAAAACAGUGACUAUACUCUGUUUAAUCUCAUCCCGGUGGGUUUGCGUGUGGUGGCGAUGCAGGGCUCGAAGGCUGGACUCUAUGUGGCCAUGAAUGGAGAAGGUUUCCUCUAUUCCACAGAUGUCUUCACUGCUGAGUGUAAGUUUAAGGAGAGCGUGUUUGAGAAUUAUUACGUGAUCUACUCGUCUACAGUAUACCGACAACACGAGAGCGGCCGGGCCUGGUACCUUGGACUCACCAAGGACGGGAUCAUUAUGAAGGGAAACCGCGUCAAGAAGACUAAACCCUGUUCACACUUUGUGCCCAGACCCAUUGAAGUGUGUAUGUAUAAAGAGCCCUCGCUGCACGAACUCGACGAGAAACAGCGAUCCAGGAAAAACUCAGGGACUCCCACUCUGGGCAUCAGAAAAGAGCUCAACCAGGACUCUACUGACCAUGAAGGAUCAUAGCCACACAGACACUCACACUCUGAUCUGAUCUGUAAAUGUACACAACACACACACUUAAACACACCCUCUGGCGACCCCUGGAGCUAAAUGCUUUCUUACACCUGACAAACAACAGCAUCUACAAACAUCAAACAAAAAAAAAAGUCAUGUGAAACACAAAAAAGUUAAAAAAAAACGCUGAUUCCUUGCCUGUGACGAUGUUUUAAGAAUAUUUGAGAAUCAGGACAUGAUCUUACAUUUAUGCAAAGUCCGUCGGAGUCACGUCGCCGUGGAGACACAUGCAGGUUUUUCUGUUGGGUGUCUUAGCUUUAAGCCAUGUUUGAUCUUCACACAUUGAUUUAUGAAUGCCGAAAGCACUUUCACGUACUGCUAUACGUCACUCGCCUCAUUAAUACUGAAUGUUCUCUCAUCAUUGCCUGGGGUUUUUAUUCGGGGGGUGGGUGUGGGUGAAUUCUGCUCUCCGAUUGGCGGAUAGGGGAAGGGUUUAGGAAUCGUGCCCUGCUGAUAGGCUCUGACAGUCAUGUGACCUUACCGGAAUGGAUUAGAUUAAUCCACUUUAUAUCACCGCACAGAUUCGCUUCAUCUCACCAUAUACUCACGCUGUGCUAAAGGGGUCAUAUUCUGCAUUUUUGUAGCAAUGUAUUUAUUUAUAGAUUUAUUUUUCAAUCAAGGAUCACUUGCACUGGUCUCUUACGUUUAAAACAUAUUUUAGUAUUUCACGGACGUUUCUCUGACGUCGAGGCUGGUUCUGCUGCCGUAACUUUAAGACUUGUGUCGCUGGUAUGUGAUUGGUUAACCGGAGGAUGAACAGGCGUGUAAAUAUGUCAAUGUGGCCGGACAUAUGUUAAUGUGCAUGAACAUAUAAUCACAGACAUUUUUUAAGGAAUUCUAUAAAUGUGGAUGUUGAAUAUACAUACUUUAAACUUUUUUAUAAGAUGUGAUGUGACCCCUUUAACACAUGACGCCUUGAGGAAAGUGUCCCUGUUCGGAUGGGAUUAGUUUGGUUUCCAGCUCUUUAUUGAUGUAUCGUACAAUGACGUUUGUCACGGUAGCCUGAUAAUCGUUCCGACACAUCACACCUCUACAUUACAGACAUCAGCUGUGACUCUACAAACCAAUGCCAUCCGAACAUGGCUGAAGACAACCAGGGGAUUUUCAGUGACGUCACACAGGAAGUGACGUCAUACUGUAUGUGAUGUAACCUCUGUGAUUCAUUUCAUCGCUUCUACUCCGUGUGCUCGUGGAUCACUUCAUGCUAAAAAACUCCUUAUCUUUCGCUUUCUGAGAGAUUUGGGUAUUUUAUCCUGCCAAAAGCACAGACUGCCCUCCAAACUGGACAUAAACCGGACUACCACUAUAAACCCAAUGUGUGUAACUGCCCCCGAUUUCCUUUACUCAUCAGACUCAUCAGCGUUUGAGAAAAGAUACUAACAUACUGCAUACUAUAGACAGUAUACUGCCUUCUGUAAAAAACAACCAAACAAAAAACAGCGAAGAAAUGUUUCAAACUGUAGUAUGCCAUGUUGUUGUCACUUGACCUCAUUAUGUUGCAUGUUUAAUUCAGCGAGUGGCUUCCGG